GCGCGCGCGUGCGUAGUAAAAAAUGAAUGACAAAUUGAUGACAAGGAAAUGUAUCACACAAAAAAUUAUUUAUAAAUAUUUAAGUACCUAUAUAUUAUUUAUUACAAAAGUAUAUAAAAGUUUAACUUUAUAGAAAUGGUUAAAUUGUGUUUUUUAUGUGACCGGAAACCAUCAAAGGCUGAUAAAAUUUCAUUUCACAAAUUUCCCAGAGAUGAGGUUGUGAGACAAAAAUGGUUGGAUAUUUGCGGGCUGACACCUGAAGAUGAUGUUUCACGCAUCUGUAUCUGCUCUACACAUUUUACAGCAUCUGAUAUGAUCAGUUGUUCAUCUGGUAUUAAAAAAUCAUUCCUUAAAUCUGGUGCCGUGCCGACAAAAUUACUAUCAAAUCCUCUGGUGAUAAAAGAAGCUGAUGAUGCAUCGAAACUGUCAAAGAGAAGAUCGGACGAUGAUCCUCCUGUUGAUAUCAUGCUGCAAUCUUCAGUUGAAGAACUUAUUGAUGAGCUUAUAAAUGAAAUUGAAGGUAAAGUAUUUUCAUUUUUGACGUUACUGAGUUUCAAAUUAUCCCAAUUAUUUUUAUUCGUAGAUUUAGAUGAUGACAGCAAUGAUACUCCGAAGAAACAACGAAUAUUUUAUCGACCUCGUUAUAUAUCUGAAAUAACUCUGGAAGAUUUAUCAACUCCGUGUAAAGCUGAACGAGUACUUAAAUUAAUAAAAGCAACAGAUCUCAGGAAAUCGAAACAAAUAAAAAGUUUGCAGGACCAACGAAGACAACUUCAUCUGCGUAUUAAAUCUUUGAAAGAUUUAAUUUCUCACUUACAGAGCAGAAAUUCAACUCAAGAAAGUGAAGUUUAAAUUUAAUUUUCAUUACUAGAUAAUUUAAUUAUGCGCACACGAACAAAGACUGGUUAUUAUUUUUUUUUUUUUUACUAAAUAUGUUGGUCUUUAUACUUAACGAAGAUAAAAUAAUUUGUCGCUCAUAUUUUUUUAAAGACUUGUGUGACAAGGAAUGAAACGAAACGAUUUCAGACCAGGUGAAGUUGGCUGACAUCACCCGCAGUGAAAUUCUGUUUCAUUCUGAGUUACACACUAGAUUUUUCGUGAUUACCUGCAUUGGAACUUGAAGUUUCAGUGUCAGCAGUCAGUCAGAAACGAGUUAAUUUAAGACCAAUAGUGUCAUCAACUAAUAAAUUGUCAUUUGCAAUUUAUAAUUAAGCAGAAAGUAUAAAUACUACUAAUUAUUGACACUAAUUUUUAUAAAAAUCACAGUCAGAUCUGUCAUUUACGUAAAUAAAUUUCAGUCUGAAAUUGCUACUAAAAAAAUGAUAAGUAUCAGAGUUUAAAUUGCAAAAGUCUUCAGUCAGCGAGCAGAAACUUUAUUUGUUUUUUUCUCAAGGGUCAAAACAAGUUUGUUUCUGCCAGCUGACUGGACAUUCACAAUUUACGCAAUUACUGAUAUUAAUUCGCGGCAUCGGACUGAAAUUCGCGUGUUUCGACUUGGUGACACGACCGAUGAUCUAAAGACAAUUGAUCCCCGACAAUUAAUACUUGCGACGAUUGAUCUGCCGAUAAUUGAUAUGCUGAUAACUGAUCUACGUGACAAUUAAUGGUAAUCACAAUUGAUUGCGUAGCAGUUCAACCAAAGACAAAAUAACCGACGACAAAAUAAACAAAUGACAAAAUAACCGCCCUUUUAUCAUGGUUUUUGUGUAUUUUGUCGUCGGUUAUUUUGUCGUCGGUUAUUUUGUCGCGGUUAUUUAAGCGUGACACCAUCACAAUUUAUUCAUACACAAUUUGUGUGUGAGUAUAUUUUUCAAAUUA